CAGAUGGUUCGGGCAGGUUUAUUUUCAUUGUUGUUAUUGUUGAUAGAAACUCUCAUCCGAUAUAUACUGUAUUGUUCCCACAGCUUGUUAAUGAUCCAAUUCCAAGGCCAACGUUCACCUGCAGAUAACCUACAUUUGCUGGCUCGUAAAUUGAACAACCCAGUAAACGGCUUGUGCGUGCAUGACUUUCGAACAGAGUAGGUGAGUUAAGGCCAAAGUUCACAUCUAAAGCAGCUCUCGGCAUAUUUCAGGACAUUAGACUGGUCCGUCAAGCCAUCUGCUCAAAAAUGACAGUGUUGUUAGGGUUGUACGCUCUGAGCUAUAUGCUGUGCUCUCUCCUUCUGGCUUACCUCACAUACGAGCCACUUAAGCGAUAUGUGCACAAAUGGAAUGAGAUGAAGCCAAUUCCAGGAAUGCCGGGCGCGUACCCGAUCAUUGGCAAUGCUCUGCAGUUCAAAGCUAAUGCAGGAGAUUUCUUCAACCAGGUUAUUGAAGGCACCAAUGAAUUCAGACACCUCCCACUUGCAAAAGUAUGGCUUGGACCUGUGCCUGUGGUUGUUCUUUUUCAUGCCGAAACCAUUGAGGGAGUCCUUAGCUCGUCCAGGCACCUCGACAAAUCAUUCUCCUACUCGUUUCUGGAACCUUGGCUCGGGACAGGAUUGCUCACCAGCACGGGUGACAAGUGGCGCAGUCGGCGCAAAAUGCUGACCCCCACGUUCCACUUCUCCAUCCUGCUGGACUUCCUGGAGGUGAUGAACGAGCAGGCCGAGGUGCUGGUCAGCAAGCUGCAGAGACACGUGGGUGGGCCGGCCUUCAACUGCUUCAGCCUCAUCACCCUCUGUGCUCUUGAUAUUAUAUGUGAGACUGCAAUGGGUGAAAAGAUCUACGCGCAAAAUAACUCAGAGUCUGAAUACGUGCGCAGUGUUUACAAGAUGAGUGACAUCGUCAGCAGAAGACAGAGAGCCCCGUGGUUAUGGCCUGACUGGGUCUACAACUUGCUGGGCGAGGGAAAAGAACAUCAGCACUGCCUCAGGAUCCUGCACACCUUUACUAAAAAUGUGAUUAAGGAGAGAGCCGAGCACAUGACCGGUGUGGAGUCGGACAGCGAGCCGGACCAGGGAGGCAGGAAGAGACACGCUUUCUUAGACAUGCUACUGAAAACCACCGAUGAAGAUGGCAACUACUUAAGCCACGAAGACAUACAGGAGGAGGUGGACACCUUUAUGUUUGAGGGUCACGACACGACUGCAGCCUCCAUGAACUGGGCUCUGCACCUGAUUGGCUCCCACCCAGAGGUGCAGAAGAAGGUACACCAGGAGCUAGACGAAGUAUUCGGGUCAUCAGACCGUCACGUGACCGCUGAGGACCUGAAGAAGCUGCGCUACCUGGAAUGUGUCAUCAAGGAGACCCUGCGCAUCUUCCCGUCCGUGCCCUUGUUUGCGCGAAGCAUCUGCGAGGACUGUCACAUCAAUGGGUUUAAGAUCCCUAAAGGGGUGAACGCUGUCAUUAUCCCCUACGCCUUGCAUCGGGACCCUCGGUACUUUCCGGAACCCGAGGAGUUCCGGCCGGAGCGGUUCCUGCCGGAGAACAGCCUCGGCAGACACCCUUAUGCGUUCAUCCCCUUCUCCGCAGGCCCAAGAAACUGCAUUGGACAGCGCUUCGCCAUGAUGGAGGAGAAAGUCAUUCUUGCGUCGGUGUUGCGCCGCUUCAAGGUGCUGGCCUGUCAGGAUCGAGAGGACCUUCGGCUUCAGGGAGACCUGAUCCUGCGGCCGGAGAGCGGCAUCUGGAUCCAGCUGCAGAGGAGCUCCAUCUAGAACCAGUCCCAGCUGACCAGGACUCUCAUGGACUGGGGCUGUGGACUGUAUGUCAACGAAAAACUGGUACCAUCACCCACCCCCCUUAGAUGGAGACUGUAUACCAGACAUGAUGCAGUUCUGUAAUGUGAUGUGGAUCGUGAAAACAUCAAUGAAAAUGUUUCCUAUUUUAACUUUGAAUUGAUGGUAAUAACAUUUACGUGCUAUGAAAUAACAUUAAUUUAUUCAACUUUGCAAGCAUGUGAUAACACAACUUAGGGCCAGGCAAAUCCUCCAUGUUAUGUUCCUAAACAAAGCUGGUCCCUUGAAAAUGUCCAAACUGCAGACAGAUUUCAGAGGCUGUCCAGGGAAUUAUUACCACUGCCAAGGAGGUUUUGUUUUUAGUCUAGUGUCUUGAUUUGUCUGUCAGCAGGAUUAUGCAAAAACAUAAAAAAUAAAUAAGACCCGGUCCAUUUUCGUGAAA